AAUCGGAUUUUUUUGUUACGCAAGGUGUUAUAUGACUGAGAACUGCAGCUUACUGAUCAUUCAUAAAUAGCAUUUUUAUUGUAGAAUAAAUAAGACGCGUGUUUGAUUGCACUGACUCGGGAACCCCUACUCCGUGAUGACGCAGAGUGAGUCAUGUCUGUUUCAUUUUAAUUACAGUGUGACCCGUGGGAAGGGCAUUCUUAUCCCAAUUGACAACAGCAAGAAGUUCAAUGAAAUAACAGCAUCUGACCAAAUAGUUAGGUUUCUCAAAGCUGUUUUUAAAAGAUCCAUAAUGUGUGACCUUGGAUUGGACCAGGUGGCUCCCCUGUCCGGCAGCUACCGAGGCAUUCUCAAGCGUCAGACAGCGUUUGACACUUAUGAGGACCCGACUUCAUUAUUCGCUAGGUUUUAUUUACCUGGUGACAAUGAGCAGUCUGCCCAGGAAGUGCCUUCAGCACUCGACUCCAUAUCACACGACUUCUGUACCUACAAUGUACCCCUCCUGACCCCCUGCAGCAAGGCAGUCAUGAGCCAGGCUCUGAAGGACAGUUUCAGUGGCUUUGCAAAAGAGCAGCGUCGUCUUUCCAUCCCCAACGACCCGCGAAGCUGGAGCGAGCAGCAGGUUUACCAGUGGCUGUGCUGGGCAGCCAGUGAGUUCAGUCUGGCCAAUGUCAAUUUCCACAAGUUUAACAUCACGGGACGGGCACUGUGUGACCUGGGAAAGGAGCGAUUCCUGGACCUGGCACCGGACUUCGUGGGAGACAUCCUGUGGGAGCACCUGGAACAGAUGAUGAAAGAUUGCAGCGAGAAGCAUCAAACCCAGUAUCUUCACAACACAGCACCAACUGUAUCUGUCUCCAGCUGGAUCAACAACAACAACAACAAGGCCAUUGGUUUCAGUCUGGAUCAGACUCUGUGCUCGCUCCAGAUACCUGAUAACACAACGCCUAGUUUGCUGAGGGAGCUGUUUGAAAACUCGGAGAAGACGUCUGUACCUAACAUCGUGGACCUGGAAUACCAGGCAUUUCCCAAACCCCAGGUGCAAACGGUCAACGUGAAUUACUUCCCUGUAAACCAGGACGUAACCAGCAAGAGUCUAAACCUUGGGAUCGGAAAGACAUUUCAAAGCAGAGAUCAGGACUCCUUGGAGAGCAUGGACAGCUUUGACAGCACUGACGCCCAGCUGCAGUCCUGGAGCAGCCAGUCCUCCCUGGCAGACAUGCAGAGAGUUCCAUCCCAUGACAGCUUCGACGAGGACUGCAGCGUGGGCACCCUGUGUGUCAACAAGCAGGGUCUGUCCUUCAAAGACUACAUCCAGGAGAGGAACGACUCAACGCAGCACGGCAAGCCGUUCAUCCCAGCGGCCGUCCUCGCCGGAUUCACCGGGAGCGGGCCAAUCCAACUGUGGCAGUUUCUGUUGGAGUUGUUGACAGAUAAAUCCUGCCAGUCCUUCAUCAGCUGGACUGGGGAUGGAUGGGAGUUCAAGCUGACUGACCCAGAUGAGGUUGCCCGUCGCUGGGGCCGGCGUAAGAACAAGCCCAAGAUGAACUAUGAGAAGCUGAGCCGUGGACUGCGGUACUACUACGACAAGAACAUCAUCCACAAGACCUCGGGAAAGCGCUACGUGUACCGAUUCGUCUGCGACCUGCAGAACCUGCUGGGCUACUCUGCUGAAGAGCUGCACAUGAUGCUGGGGGUCCAGCCAGACACAGAGGACUGAAGCGCUGGCUGUGGAGCAGGGGGGAGGUGUGGCCUCUGCUGUGAAGAUAGCAAAGUAACUUGACCUCUCCUGAAGGUUCUCAUUUGCAGCCUUUGUUCUGGCUAGCCUGAGCAAGGGAGAUCUUGAAAAGAACCCCCGUUGGCUGAGAGCAGUUGAGAAGACGUGGGGGUGCUCUGUCCAUCGAUUGUGGAAAACUGAUGCCCCUUAUUCUUGUGGACCAGCUUCUUUGUAAAAAUGUUUAAACUUUAAAUAAAGAUGGCAAAGCUGUGCCUCGAUGCAGACAGAGCCAUCGUGGUUUGCUCUUUCUACCUUUUGGCUGUCAACGAGUGUGUCUAAUGUCUUUUCCUCACUUUUUUUUUUGAUUGACUUCAGAAACUAAUGUUGAAUUUAAAGCAUUUGUUCUGGGAAUGGGGAGUAUUUGAUUAAGAUUGUUUUCCUUUGCCGUUCUUUCUGGGGUCAGAAGCAAAAGCAACUGAAGUCGUCUGCAUGUGAUCUUGGGGUGGAAAAUAAGUUUUUAGUGGAUGAUGAUUGUAAACUUAAACGUAGUUGAAUUGUUCUGAGCGGUCAGAUCAGAAUAGCAUUGGUCAUAUGAUAAACAAUAUAUUCGUUUAAGGAAUCUGCUGGAAAAAGGAAAAGUGAAACUGUCACAAUGAUUCAGAUGGGAAUCACUGCAGUGUCCUACUGCAUAUGUGGGGAAACUAUAAUGUUUUUGUACAAAUAUAUUUAUGUUUAAUAUUGUGGCAUUCCUGCAGUAUAUAAUCUAUAUUUCUAUGUAUACAUAUUUUGUAACCUUCUUUGAUAAAUCAGAUGGAAGCAUCAAGCUUUUAUUGGGAUCAGGGUUCUGCUGUGUGGAUCGUUUAAGCAUUGUCUUGUUUGUUUUUUGUGUGCCAUUGGUGAAGUAGAGCUUACAGUAAUCUACACUAUCACUCUGCUUGAAUGGGCAUCUGAUUGCAAAUAGGAAUGUAUUAUUUUGUUGUGUGUUGUCAUUGUGCAUCUCAGGUCCCUUUGCAUUGGAAUCUUGUACUUCGGCAAUGAGAGACUGUUACUCUGCUGAAUGAGAUGGUGUAUACAGUGUUUGAGAAAAGCGAUUGUACACCGAUGCUUCUGUCACGAAAGGAGGAGCUUGUGUAGCAGCUAUUUUUAACUGCGCAUCAUUGAACCUGAAAACUAUUAUCCUGAAAUAAAGCUUUAUUUUUUCUAA